GCUUUGCCAGCUCGCUCCGCCCGGCAGCAGGCGGGUGGCUGGACGAGGCGACCUAGGAGAGAUGGUCCCUGCAGGGUGACACGCGUGGAGAGCCCGGGCGGAGGAAGGGGCCGCAACCCCGGGGUGAGGCGCCCGGCCCAAAGAAGUCCUGACUUCGCAGCAAGCCCGGCUGAGCGCCCUAGGAAAGAUCCACUGUUCAGAGCAAGAUGUAUUCGCAUAAACUUUUGACUGUGUUUCUGCACUUGGAUUUUAUUCGAAUGGCAGUUGCUCACUGUAUGGUACAUCAGAUUCCAGCGUCGAGCUUUAUGCUGCCGUGCAUGUCACCAAAUGAGACUUCUGUCAUUCCUUUGACUGCUGGUGUUGUAGCGAGCAGUCCUGGGUUGCACGGAGAGCAUGGAACUGCUGAAACCAACUCUCUGGUGCUGGCGGCUGAAGAGAGUUUCCUCUGUUGCCUUUGGAGUGAAACACACGCAAAUUGUUCUUUGUACACAGCAGGCAUGGAAACAAAGAAAUUUACGUCCUCAGAAGUAAGUAGCUUUGCUCCUCAGCAAACAGAUUUAAGCUGGAACAUUCAAUGUUGGACUAAAGGAAACCUAGAACUGUUCGUUUGUAUCCUGAAAUUGUCUAACAAGAAGUCGUACUUGAAUGGAGAAUUUAAGAUUAAUCUUUUAUAUGUUCUAUCAGAGUUGUCAUUGGAAGACAUAUCUACAGGUUCUCUAAAAGGCAAUUUCAUGGUUACUCCCUGCAACGGCAAUGGGUCUGAUAAGUACGAAUGUCACAUACCUUCACUGAAACUCAACUACACUUAUAUUACAUGGUUAAACAUCAUAAAUGGGGUAACACUUCUUCAGUCACCUUUAAUGUCGGUCAGACCCAUAAAUAUUGUAAAGCCUGAAUCUCCAUUGAACCUGCGACUAGAAAUGACAGACAAAGGACAGUUAAAGAUCUGUUGGUCCAGUCCAGUACUAACACCAUACCCACUUCAGUAUGAAGUGAAGUUUUCUGGGAAUGCUACUCAAAAUGCCUGGCAGGUGGUUGAGAUUGUCAUAGAAACCUCCCUCAUCAUAGGCAAUAAGCUGGUUAGUUCUUCAUAUUUAGUUCAAGUACGGUGCAAGAGUCUUCAUGGUCCAGGAUUCUGGAGUGAUUGGAGCACACCUUAUAAUUUAAACACAGAAGAUGUCAUGUACUUUCCUCCUAAGAUACUGACGAGUGUUGGUUCUAAUGUUUCCUUUCAUUGCCUCUAUAAUGAUAAAAACAAGAUGAUUUUGUCAAAGAAGAUUGUUUGGUGGCUGAAUUUAGCAGAAGAAAUCCCAGAGAGACAGUAUACACUUGUGAAUGAUCGUGUUAGCAGAGUUACUCUUUUCAACUUGAAUGCAACAAAACCUAGAGGAAAAUUCUUCUAUAAUGCAUUGUACUGUUGUAACCAAAACAGGGAAUGCCAUCAUCGAUAUGCUGAGUUAUAUGUAGUAGAUGUCAAUAUCAAUAUCACAUGUGAAACUGAUGGGUACUUAACUAAAAUGACUUGCAGAUGGUCCGCAAACACAAAUACACUGCUUGUGGGGAGUUCUUUACAGUUAAAAUACUACAGGAGUAGUAUCUAUUGUUCUGACUUUCCAAGUAUUCCUCCAAAGUCGGAGGCAAAAGAAUGCCAUUUAGAGAGGAAUCAUUAUUACGAGUGUACAUUUCAGCCUAUUUUUCUUUUAUCUGGAUAUACCAUGUGGAUAGAGAUAAAGCACCAACUAGGAACACUUGAAUCUCCACCAACCUGUGUCAUUCCAGCAGAUGUAGUGAAGCCGUUUCCUCCCUCUAACGUUAAGGCAGAAAUCACCAAGAAUAUUGGGCUGCUGAAUGUGAGCUGGACAAACCCAGCAUUUCCGAACAGCGAUCUUAAGUUUCAGAUUCGGUACUCUGUGAACAGGGAAGAAAUAUUAUGGGAGAUAUUUGAGGUUUCAAAUGCACCAACAAGAUCAGUCACGAUAAAGGUACUGGACCUUUGUGUUAUAUAUAUAGUUCAGGUGCGCUGCAGUGGACUAGACGGAUUAGGUUACUGGAGUGAUUGGAGUAAACCAGCGUAUACCACUGUACAGGAUAUCCAAGCUCCCCUGAGAGGUCCCGAAUUUUGGAGAGUUAUUAAUGAAGAUCCCAUAAGGAAGCAGAAAAAUGUUACUUUAGUUUGGAAGCCACUGAUGAAGAAUUACUCAUUAUGCAGUGUGUGCGGAUAUAUUGUAAAACAGCACACUUCAGAAAACACCACUUGGACUGAAUAUGUCACCAGUGGCACUACCUAUACAUAUCCAUGGAUGGAGGAUGCACACACCGUUACAAUUCUAGCUGUUAACUCAGUUGGAGCUUCCUCAAUGAAUUUUAAUUUAACUCUGUCACGGCAAAUGAGCACAGUGAAUAUCGUGCAGUCACUCAAUGCUUAUCCAGUAAACAGCAGUUGUGUAAUUCUGACCUGGACACUUUCACCUCAAAUGUAUGUGAUAACGUCUUUUGUUAUUGAAUGGAAAAACCUUAAUGAGGAAGAACAAAUGAAAUGGAUACGAGUUGCUCCAAAUAUUAGCAAAUACUAUAUUUAUGAUCUUUUUAUUCUUAUUGAGAAGUACCAGUUUAGCCUGUACCCAAUAUUUCCUGAAGGAGUAGGCAACCCCAAAACGACUGAUGAAUUCAUCAAAGAUAGGAGUGAAAAACAGAACGAUGCAAGCCUCCAUGUGAUUCUUCCAAUAGUUAUUUCAUCCUUCAUUUUGUUGCUUGGAAGUUUGCUGAUCUCGCAACAAAGAAUGAAGAAACUCUUCUGGGAGGAUGUUCCAAACCCCAAGAACUGCUCCUGGGCACAAGGAGUUAAUUUUCAAAAGCCUGAAACUUUUGAGCAUCUUUUUAUCAAGCAUCCUGAAGCAAUAUCAUUUGGGCCUCUUCUGGAGCCAGAAAUAGUUUUGGAAGACAUCAGUGUUGCUAAAGCAUUGAAAAGUGAAGACAAGCAAGAUUUAUUAGCAGUUGAUUCAAUGUUCACAACGAUUCAAGACUCUGAGCAUGACUCGGCUUGUUCUAGUAGCCAUUUCAGUAACAGCCUUUCUGAGAGUUCCCAUGAUGACAAAGUCAGUGAAGGAACUAUGAGACAGUCCAAUAUUAAGUACGCUACAAUUAUCAGUAACUGCAAAUUAAGUGGGCUUUAUGAAGAGCAAAAGAAUCUAAGUGGUUCAUUUAGUGGAUGCUUCCUAGGUGAAGAUUCCUUAGUUACAGAUCCUUUCUCUAGAUCAUGGGAGGUGGGAAAUCAGGCAUUUCUAAUAUUACCUGACCAACAUCCAAGCCAAGUGAGCAAAACUAUAUCCCUUUCUGUUGUUUCUUCUGAGGGCUUUUCAGAACCUUCAGACCAUGAUGACACUUUCAGUGAUGCAGACAGUCCUGAGAGGAGCCUUUAUUACUUAGGGCUAACAUCAAUUAAAAAAAAUGAAAAUGAUAUUUUUUUAACAGAAAAUUCUAGAGUGAUGUGUCAUCUUCACACAAAUGGUUUAUUCAAAGACAUGGAGUUUCUUCGGGAUACUUCUUCCAAUUUAAAUCCCUUUAUCAAAAAUAGCCUUAAAUAUGAAAACUCUGUUAAAACCUUUGUACCAUACAUGCCACAAUUUCAGGCAACCACCAUUAAACUACAAGAGACAACAGAGACCAAAACUUAAGUCAUCACAGCAUAGUCCCAUAUUUCUACCUGAUUGCUACUGUUAGUGUUUUUUUUUAGAAGGGUCAAUAUUUUUGCCACCCAACCCACAGGAAACUCUCAAGAAUAGUGACCAUGAAAUGCCCACAUUUUGAAGUUGGUUGCCUGCUUCUACAUUUGACUGACAUAAAUUAGCACUUCAGCCCCACAGAAUUCCACAUAUCGGCCUAAUUUCAAAACCUCAGAUUAGGGUUUUCAGUUCCUCAUUUCGUUGUUUCAAGUAUUUGGUAAUUAAUUAGCUAUUUGUGGUGCCUACUCUGCAUGUUUCUCUGACCAUGUCCUGUUGCAGAUACUCAAAUGAGAAAAUUGCUCUUGAAAGGUCUUAUGACAAGGAUUCCAAAGGUGGCAUUUUAUUUAAACUUACCUUUGUUAGGCCAGAUCCUAGUCUAAGGCCUGUCUUGGGACAGGCCCUUGGCAGCUUUAUAGCAGUCCUGGACCACUAGUGAUUGCAUCAAAUGUGCAUGGCUACCAACCCCUCCCCUUCUGGGAGAGGGGAGCCCAUUGCAACUGAGGAACUGGGUGAUGGCACUGAAGAGGAAGUGCCUGCCCAACACCACACACUAGCAGACAGCAACCCCAGCACACAGUACCAAAGGACCCAUUUCGCAAUGGAACCACAACUCUCAGUAGAGGUAAGGAUGCAGGCAGAGGUCAAACACCUCUAAAAAAGCUCUUUGUUUUCUCUUCCUCAACUUCCACUUGCUGCAGCAGCGAAGGGUUCAGGGUUAUUGCAAGCCUAGGGCUGGAGUAGCCCAUGCUUCCCCAGCUGGAGGGGGAAGAUGAAAGCAGGCUGCACAUAGGGAGCAUGGCCUGCCUGAUCUCUCCCCCUUGCACGAGCAGCUCUGUAGUGCCUUAAUGCAAAGGUGGAAAAGCCCCCUUGUGGACAGUUCUGCACAGCAAU